UUUUCCUUUGCAAUCACGAUUUCCAGGCUGUUUAGAAAAAUGAGGAUGCUCAGCAGCACAGGGCAAGCUUUUCCUUCCAACCUCCCUUUUUAUGCCUGCCAAAUCCUUCUUGCCUCCCAAAUGAAAAGCAAGGCUGCCUGCAUAUGUGUAAUCAAAGGUUAAAAAGCACCCCGGCUGACACCACGCAUGUGUUAAUCUGUGCUGCAGCAGAGUGCAUCAUUUCCACUUUGACCUCAGAGUUAAUCUGCAUUCAGGCAGAAGAUCCAUAGCUUUAUUCUUUUUCUUUUUUUCUCUCCUCUCAUUUGCUCUUUCUAUUGCUUUAUCGGCUUUUGUUGCAUGUGUGUGAGCGGUUCUGUAAAUGUGUGCAUGCAUUUCUCCUUUCCUUGACUGUUUUUAUUCUCCGAGUGUCUGCGGUUUUGUUGGUUUGGGGUUUUUCCCUUUGUUUUUUUUCUCUCCCAAUUAUAUUAUUCCCCUAGAUUUGGAAGCUGCUGCCUGCUGCCUGAGCUGACGUUUCUGAUUAUAUCUGCAAAGGGCUUGUGCAGAUCUAAUUUCUGUCCCCCUGCAUAUUAAUUCCCGCAGCUGGGCGCAAUGUAUCAUCCCACUGACGGGACCUGGUAGGGAGGGGGGGAGAACCACUACCAAAAAAAAUUAAAGAAGGAGACGGAUCCAUCUGCAACCCAGAGGAAAGGGGAAAAAAACUGGUGGGGGGGUUGGAGAAAAAGAGAUGAGUCCUCCAAAUCCGACAAGCCUGGGGAGCACUGCAUUCUUGAAUCCUGCAUUUUCUCUCAAAAUGAUGGUGUGGGCACUUCUGUUCCUCUCUCUCAUCCAGUGCUCCACCCAAAAGGGAGAUGAUGAUUAUGAAGAUUACACUUCAAAUAAAACUUGGGUUUUGACUCCCAAAGUCCAUGAGAGUGAUGUCACUCUUAUUUUAAAUGGCUUGCUGGAAGGAUAUGACAACAAAUUAAGACCUGACAUAGGAGUUAAACCAACAGUCAUUCAUACCGACAUGUAUGUAAAUAGCAUUGGGCCUGUGAACGCUAUCAACAUGGAAUAUACAAUUGAUAUAUUUUUCGCCCAAACGUGGUAUGACAGACGUCUGAAGUUCAACAGCACAAUAAAAGUGCUCAGAUUAAACAGCAACAUGGUUGGGAAGAUCUGGAUACCAGAUACAUUUUUCCGAAAUUCCAAGAAAGCUGAUGCUCAUUGGAUAACAACUCCUAAUAGGAUGCUCAGGAUCUGGAAUGACGGCAGAGUCUUGUACACAUUGAGGCUGACAAUUGAUGCCGAGUGUCAGCUACAGUUACACAACUUCCCAAUGGAUGCUCAUUCCUGCCCCCUGGAAUUUUCAAGCUAUGGCUACCCAAGAGAAGAGAUCAUUUACCAAUGGAAGCGCAGCUCGGUGGAGGUGGGGGACACCAGGUCCUGGAGGCUUUACCAGUUCUCCUUUACAGGAUUAAGAAAUACAACUGAGGUGGUGAAGACUACUUCAGACUCUCUUUUAUUUGAACUCACAUGAACCACUGUUCAACAUUACUGUACCCAACAGGUUAGUAUUUGAAAAAAAAUACAGGAGGAACUGAGUUAUUUAGCUUUCAUAUACCACCAUUAUGAAUGACUAUAGACAAUUCUGUGAGCAGAAAUAGGAUUUUUAUUAUGGUGAUAGCUUACAACAGUUCGAUAUUGCUGUCAGGGAAUAAAACCAGUCAAAGCCGACUACUCCUGCAUAUUUUUUGAAGGACAAUGAAUAACACACAUGUAUUGAAUGUGAAUAAAAAACUAUUCUCAAAUAAUGCAGAUACUCAUAUCUGUUCAGUCAUUCAUUCAACCAUAGCGAUUAAUGAACAUUUGCUAAAGUUAUAACUGUUGAAAUGUUCGUUCAUUGAAGAGAAUUAGUCUACACUUCAGGAUCAUGUUUUCAAAGAGUAAAGAUGAAUUAAUAGUACAAUUCCCUCCCUCCCAUACCUGUUGUAUACUUCACAUUUUCUCAUCCAAGUUGGUUAAUUGUGUGGCAAAUGAGUAUUUAUAGAUAAAUUCACAUGAUUGCAUAAAUGAACUAAUUCAGUAAGCAGGCCUUUUGGUUCCUCCAUGCCAUACAAACACCCAAGACCAAUGUACAUAUGUUUUUUCAGAAUUGCAAAAUCAGAACACUUUAGAACCAUUUAUCCUUAUAUAAUCCCCGCAAGGCAGAUGAGAUGACAGGGACAAGCUGACGGCUUUCUGAGAAACUAGACAAUGAGUUGCAGACAAGAGGGACAGAGGCCUUUCCUGAAAUGGCUGGGAAGGACUCGAGUCAAUUGCAUUAAUGCCUCUUCUGUACUGACUGUUCAGCCCUUGGCAGCAUCCCAAAAGACCUGGGAAAGUCUGCACAGCUGCCUUCCCACUUUCUUUAUUCAUCCAAACAGCUCUCUUCUCAACACCUGGUCUGUAGCUGGUUUUGAAACCACUGUGGACCCAUUCCUAUGACAGCAGAGCAAUAGGAAAAUCCAUGUCACCUUAACAGUAUAGGCCGAGGAGUAGGGAAUUUAACACAAAUGACAGAUCCAACAAGAAAGCCUGUGGAUUCAAGUAAUAUAUAUAAUUAAUAGCUAGCUUUGGCCUGUUUAUCUGCUCUGUGCUCAGUUAUGACCACAAUAAAAAGGAUCUUUUCAGUUUAUGUGUCAAGUGCAGUUGCACCCAUAUGAAAUAUGUUUCCACAAUGCCGUGAGCUGCUGUAAGACUCCCUGGAAAGAGCUUGAUGGGGAGCCCUGGGAGCCACCAAGCCAUGGCAGCAGCGAUGGAGCCAGGACUGAGGACCGAAGGGCCAUCAACCCUUUGGCAUUAAUACAAAAAAACGUCUAGAGCACAAAAAUUCCUUAACUUUGCUGUCUCUUUCACAGUGACGGGCUAGAUCAUAGUGGUUUAAUGGGCAGGAAGAAACCUCACUGUUCCUGUGGAAUCAAUAUGUUUAAAAUUCUUACAGAUUGAAAGAACCUGAUUUUUCUGUUCAGGUUUGUAUCUGUAUAGCUUCAAGUUUAGGCAUUCAAAUUCACCUUUUCUAAGUAAUCAUAUAAAGAGUUGAAAGGCUCUUUGAUGAUUAUUUUUUAUCUUUUGAGAGGGGUUAAAGGCUUUCUUAAAAUUCCAGUGACAGUAAUUCAGCCUGUUUUUACUCUCUGCUUUUCCUAGACUCUGACAACUGAGUCACCCCAGCAAAGUGAAAUCAUGACUGUCCCUGAGGAAAAGGGUUGUUGGGGCCUGAAGCCCCUUUCAACCCACCCCAGUAUGACUUCCGAAUUGAACAGGGAAACAGGGGAUUGAGUUUAUUUUUCUGAAUUUGUCUUUCUGAAGGUUUACCAUAUGUGUAAACACGGCAUGCUACCAUUUAAAUUGAGCUUUAGAAAGGUCAAGUAAGGAUAAAAAGGAUUAAUACCCAAGUAACAAGAGAAUAAGGGAUAAUGUGGCAUACUACAAGCAUUUCCACUGAACCUAAUGCAGGGUAAUUGCAAAAGCACAGAUGUUAAAGGCAAGGUUAGUUUUCUAAUAAAUACAGUUUUGUGGAUACAACAGAACAGCGGCUUUAAGAAAUAAUAUUUGUUCUUUUAAUAUCAAGAAAAUAAUUAGAUCUUUAUGAAAAAUUAAAUUAUUUUUAAAGUAAAGAAAAAUAUUACAUUGAAUGUUCUUAUUUUUACAAUAAAAAAAUCAGCAAAUUAAAUGAUUCUGAGUUUUAAAGCCUUUCUUUCUAAUAACUAAGCAUACAAUUUUUUUGUGAUGCCUCUAGUGCCCCUACAAAUAUACUUUCCUAAGUACUGAUGACUCUUUGAGGCACAAAGCAUGCUAUCAUCCCAAGUCCCUCUUCUAAUUCCUGUUUGGUAAUGAAAUCAUCAUGCUCCAUCCAUUGACUGACUUUCACAGAAACUGUUGAAAUAUCACAAGAGAAAAAUCACAGUAAUUCCACCCUUUGCAACUGGACCUAGAUCUAAUUACAAUGAAUUAUAGUGAGAAAUCUUUGGUUCAAAAGAAUUAGACACAAUGGCUAGUAGUUAAAGAACACAACUAUUUUAGCAUUAAAAUAACUCUGAAUAUUAAGCAUUUUAGAGGAGUUUUCUUCAUAGUGAAUAAGUAUGUUUAAAAUAUUUAUUUAUUUAUUGUGCUGUUCUUACACAGUUAAAUCCCUUCGGUUUACAAGUACGAUUUCUAGCCUCUCAAUCUCAUGUCAUUACACAGAAUUUUUAGUAACCUACUUACUUAAGAUGCUGUUUUGUUGGGGGAGGUUGUCACUGUAUUUGAAUAGAUGUAAUUGAAAGGCUGAGUGGAAGUAAGACAUACAAGUCUACAUAAAAAGCGUGUCUCAGUCAGGCGGCAUUGAUGGGAGCUAAUAAUACCCAAAUUCAGACAAAUAUCCCACGUAAAAAGCAAAUGAAACUAAUUUAACACCACUAAGUUUAGAGAGACCUUCCAAGUGAGCUUUGAUCUUUAUUUUUUUAUAUAAAAUAAAAUAGGAGAAUCAAAAAGGAAACAGACUAGGAUGUUGACUGGAAAUGUGUACAAUAGGUAUGAACUUCUAAAACUCUCUGCAGGACCUAUACCUUGUGAUUAUAAAGUGUUCUACUUCUCUUUUAGAUGUGCAUUAUCUACAAUUCCAUAGAACUGUCCUAUAAAGCUGUCAACACAUUCUCACUGAGGAAUAUAGUGGCAUAGUGUAAAGUUCAUAGUAAAGUUCAAAUAUCUGUCAUUAUCAGUUUAUGUUUCACAAAUAUUAACACCCUCAUUUUUUACUGUUAAAUUCUUAUUUGUAAAUAGUGAGUGUUUUAACAUUGCCUUUUUAAACAAGGCAGAAUCGUCCUCAUUUUGAUGUACAUUAUAGAAGCUAUAAAUAUGCCACAUCUCAAAAAGCUAUACAGUCUAUUGAGUUCUUUGCUGCUCUCAAGAAGACUGCAUAAUUAAGGCUAAAGAGCUGCAGGAUAAAAUUUAUGUAAUAAUACUUUCUUGUAUCAUGCCCUACAUAAGGGAAUUUUAAAAUAUUUUUCAAGAUUUAAUGCAUAAAGUACAACAACACCCUUUGCGUGUCUUAAUGCUAGUGACCAGAAAUGAUCAUUAAGCUAGCCAGCAAAUUGCUAUUUGUUCUUUCUUGUAUACAAUUCUAAAGAUUGAGAAAAUGAUUUCAAAAACUUGAGUAUCACAAAUAAUUUGUUCUUGUUGAUUGUAGCUUGAUUUUUUCUCUUUUGAUCUUGAGAAUAUGAGUUUGAAGAAGUAGAAUCAUACUGUGUAGGUACAAACCAAUCGUACAAGGUUGCUUCUGUUUAGUGACUGUAUAGGUUAAAAAAAAUCCCAAACAACUCUCUUCCCUUGCUCCCCUCCAAGAACCCUAAAAUGAGUUCACACCCUGUCCAUCCAAAUUACAGACAGUAAUAACUAUUUGACCUUAAUUAAUAUCCUUUCUGUAGUUAUGCAAAAUAAAAAAUAUAGAGUCAAUAAAGAACUAGUAGUGAUUUCUAGGAUUAUUUUCUGCUGUAAUCCAGCAUCAUUUAUUUAAAAAAAAUAAAAAAACAAGUUUGAAUACUACCAAACACCUUUGUAGUUCACAAAAAUUCCAUUUCUUAUAUCACUGUAGCAAACUUCUGGUCUAGAACAGAGCUAUUAAAUUGCUCCACUUGCAAAAUCAUAAAGUGAAUCAGCAAUGUCUUGGAACUGCAUAUCUUUACUUGUUUGUACAAGUGCAAUAGCAAUAACUGGGGCAAUUCAUGGCAGCAUGCUGUCACUCUGGCUAGGUUUUCUCUAGUCCUAAGGAUUCAGCUAUGAACCGAGAGUUCUUGAAUAACUCUUGCCAUUUGUUGUCAUCCUGGGAAAAGCAAGAAUAUUGUUGAAUAUGAAGAAAAUAAACUACUUUGUCCUAUUAUUAGUUUUUUUAAAAACAAGGAUUGUCAAAAAGUGUAUGACUUGAUUUAGCAAUAGCGCAGAAAAAGAGAAGUAGACUUUGAAGUUUAGGCACAGGAAAUCUAUUAUAACCUUCAGUUCUGAGAGAGAUAUUUUAUCUCUGUUGACAACAAAAGCAAAUAAUUUCACCGGGAGAAUUUAUUACCAGUGAACUGUGCAAAUAUUAAAAUUCCACUAUGACCCUAAGUCAGAGAAGAAAAGUGAAAGAGGAAAAGAUCAACUCUUUGAAUAAUGGAAUAUGGAAACACGACAUUUCUCUGAACUCAUGAACUGGUUCAUUUUACGUGCCAAGAGCAAAUCCCAACAGCUCUCCAGAGAGGAAAGGUCCCACCGUAUCCACACACCACAGAGGGAAUGUCAGUUUGAGUCAGAGCACAGUCCUGUCAGUGGUGGCAGCGUUAUUUCAGGGCUUUGUAAUGACUAAGAUGUUGAACUUCCUAUCAGCCAGCUGACCUAAGAUAACCCAGCAGGCAGGUCAUUAUCUGCCUAGUGCCCACUCUGUGCAGGAGGAUGAAUCAUUUUCUCCUUGUAACAGUUACCACAGCUCAGGAUACGCCCUGAAACAAGUCACUAGAAAAGCAACCACAAGCAGACAGUCCCCUGCUGAGCUUGUCAGCUUUGGUGCCCACCUCUUCUUCAUUAGGUAGCUUCACAAAUAACCAUACCUCCUAAACAUAACGCUAUGCUGAUGAAGCUGAUGAUUGGGAGGAAAAAAAAUCCUCUACCUCUCAACUCUCUCUCUCUGGCCCACCUCUUUCCUAGGGAGUGCCGUGUCCUUAAAGUUUAAAAUGGAUUUUUGGUUCUUGGUGUCAUAAGAGAUUUUCUCUAGAGACAAUUAAGUAAGGAAAAUUAAACAUUCUGUGAGCAGAGGGGCUGAUUUCUUACAGAUUUGCAUCUCGUGGCAGAAUUCCCUACUAUCUAAUAAUCAUGUAAAUGCCAAUGUAAGCUUUUUCAGUAGCUGAAGCAUUCCUCACAGGUGUUCGCUACUUCAUUUCUCUGCAGUCUAACAAGAACCAAAAUUCACGCCUUAACCUUUCUUGGGAGGAAGAAUGUAUAGAGUAGCUGAUGUUGUGGAAAGCAGUAGGGCAGCAUUAUGUGACAGUCCCUCAAAUCUCUGUCUUUUGUCAUUUUGCAACUUCUGUCUUAACAGUUAUAACUGACCAGUAUUUUCAGAAUUAUAAACAAGGAGGGCAUGAGAUAAUAUAACCUUGAUCUUAGAGGAAGAGGACAAAAAGCAAUAUGCUUCUCUAAGUUUUAACAAAAGCUUCAACAGUACCAGUUUUUAGGCUGAUAAAAAGGGGCUGUUCAUUAUUACUUUUAUUUUUAAUUACCUUCCACAAGCUAUUGUGAUUCCAAGCUCAAGAUGGUUCUCAAGUUCUGUGAGCCAAAUAUCCCAAUGAGAAUAUUAUGAAUUCAACUGAAAUAAAGAAAAAACUGAAAUAAUCUGAGAAGUGUUCAGCCUAAUAUUUGAAGGGUGAAGAAUGGCAAUUAUUUUAUGUACAGUUCAGCUAAACAGUUUGGAUUUGGUGUGUGUUAUUAAAAGGACAGUAAUUUUCUAAUAUAUAUAAACUUGUGUAUGAAGAUUCCCUAGCAGACUUGAAAAUAAAUACUUUAAAUAGAAAUGAUAUUGAACUACAAAAAUAAAUUUAAAGGGAAAAGUAGCAUUUCAGAAAAGGGCAACAAGAAAUAUUAGUUUUGCCACAGCAAAUUUGUAAUUCUACAAUUCACUUGCUUGGAGAAUGCAAACUUGGGUGAUACAAACUGUUUUUUCUUCUAGAUACAAUUUCUAUGAUACUGGAAUUUUAGUCCAAGAUCAAGGUUGCUAGCUCAUAGUAAUAUAACCAAAGAACAAAUCAACUGUUUCAUGUUGAGAGCUGCUAGGAGAAGUUUGUUUACACCUGUGUUCAUAUUUUCAAACAUUCACUUUGCUUAACAAGGUGUUCACAUAGAGUUGUUAGGAUCAAGAAACAGGGAGGAAACUACAUCAGUAAAACAUGUAUUUUUCAAAAACUACUAUCAGUCAUCUUCUUUUGAACUCAUUCUGCUUCUAGAAAUAAUAAAAUGUUUAAAAUUCAUCUGGCUGGGAACUGUUGGGAUGCAAUUUGAGAACACUGCUGUCAUUUCCACAGCAAAAAGUGGAAGUCAUGAGAAAAAAAACAAACCUACGACUUUUCUUCUUCACUCUACUGAAGUAUUUGAAAUGCUCACCUGGCUCUGGCUACUCUUUCCCUCCCAGCUGCUGUCUGUGCAGGGACUGGCACAGCACUUGCUGGGCAGCGGGGCCAGCAGAGCUGAAUGAAGGGUGGCAGCUGCUGGGCACAGCACCAUGCAGGAGCCGAAUGGGAAUGUCAGUUUCUUGAAGGAAACUGGAUGGCAUUUCCACAUCCACGUCCUUUCUAGGAAAUUCAUGAGCCACUUCAAAGCAAAUAUUGUUUUGUUGGAUGUACGAAGUUAUUGCUUGUAAUUUUGUUGCUUUACCUCUUGGGCUUUGACUAUCCUUCUCUCUUAUGGCACCUCAGGUGACAUCAUGAUCAACUUUGUCUUACAGAGAACCUCUAUAACAAACUACACCUGUGAGAUAUGAAUGACCACUGCACCAUUUCUGCAUCCAACCUAUCAUUUCAGCCCUUAAGUCUUUUAUGAUAGCAACUUCCACAGAAAAAUAAAUGCAAAAAUCAUUGGAUGACUCUUUUGAGCAUGUUAACAUUCUCUGGUGCCUGGCAUCAGCUGCAGCCUUUUCUCUCUGUGAGGCACAAACACAGCAGCUGAACUUGCGAAAAAUAAUGUAAGCGGUCUCACAGAGAUCUAGUUUCUAGUGACUUCAUAUUAUACCACCAAUGUGCAGAGUACACUCUACAUGGUAAAGCUCCGUCCACAGUUCCCUCACCACUGUCCCGUGGGACUCCAAAGGCAUCCUUCUCUGUAUGCAACACAGUGUUCCAGAUCCAGAAUUGCCAGUUCAUUUUUAAAAGCUUUCCAGGACAUCACAUUUUCAAAUGUUAAAAGAAGAAAGUCUUAAAAGACAUAACCCAUGGGAUUCACAGUGUUAUAACCUCACUUUUAAGAAAAGAUUAAGAGGUUGCACUUCCUGGCCUGAAAACUUACAACUUGACGGUAUUCACACUGCAACGUGGGAUGGAGACUCCCAGGGGAACCUGUUUUGUAGUAGCUGUGAAUGUUAUCCUGAAUAUGUCUAUUUGAGAAAUAAAUAGUUCUUCAAAGGUCUCCUCUUGAAAAGGGCAAUCCAUUUAAAUACCUUGUAGGAUUUGGACUAGGGUGAUUACAUACACCUAGGAUCUCUACCUUUAUUCCUGUGAAGCCUGUAACCGAAACUUCAAGAUGGUAUCUGUAGUCUUUAAAGAUUUUUUUUACUCCUAAGCUUGAUCUGUUUGACUUCAAAUGGCAGUACUGGUUAUAAAUUAUUCAUGAUUCAUAGCUGUUUCUUCUGAGACAUGAUCUUCACACUAAGCAUCCUCUUCAUCUCUCUUCUCGCCUUCAGGCCUGUUGCAUGCAUGCCUCUGGCCUGUCUUUUACUCUUGGUAUUACACAGAAUUUCAGAACACCAUUUCAUUGUUUGCCAUUUUUCAUAUUUUCUCUCUUUCUCUCUCACUAUCCCAAUCUCCACAUUUAUUUACUAUUUUAGCCAUAACCUAGUUCCUUCAGCUUCUUUAUUUCUUUAUUUCAUUUUGUUCUCUGACUUUAAAAAUCAUUCUCCCCCACUUUCUAACAGCUAAAGAGAUUCUGGGUUUAACAGCAUCUUUUUCUUUCCUUCAACGAUUGUACUUUGGACUUGAUGUCGAUAAUAUCCUGCUAGAAAGUUCAAGAGCUUAAAAUACACCCAAAUACACUUGCCAUCUCCUUUGUUAUCAUAUAAAUAACUCUUUAUUAGCGCUAGUUUAUUCCAUUUCAUUUCCUCACCAAUCACACCUUAGACUAUUUUGCAACACCUACUUUUGCCAGCGGAUGUUUCUGCUGUUACAUGUUAGCUAUGAUUGUGAACAAGAUUAAUCUGCACAUUGCUGAAGGUUUUCACCUGGUUUCUGCAAGACAAAAUGCUUAGGAAACCAGAAACAGUUUGGAAUUUGCACACAGAGCAGGCACUGUCCUCAGGCAAACCGAUAGCAGGAGAAUAAAGAAACUGUUUACCUCUCAAACAUUAGUCUUUUCUAGAGCAGUAUCUCAAACUGGAAAACAAACAUUUGUGAUAUUUUUAUUUAGAGUUGUUCUAAGCAGUUAUAAAAACCCACAAGUAUUAUUCAGGACAAGCUUUUAAAAGUCAGGUGUGUGUCACUGUAUGUAAUAUAGUUACGUAAUAUAUUACUUGUAUAUGUAAUAUACAUAACCACAUCCUGUAUAUUACAUAAAGAAAUUACCUUUAUUAAGCUCAGUUUGUGGAAAACUGUAACUUUAGAGCUCUAAGUACCAGUAGUCUCCAACUAUCUUGAGGCAGAUGUGAACCUUCCUGAAACACAUUAACAGGAGUAACCUGGUCCAAUUCAGCCACCUGCAUAUACAGCAGAAGAGAAGUACAGCUCAUGUGGCAGAGAAUGGAGCUGUGUGAGACAGCACGUACUGCUCAGAAAGUAGGUGGGCAACAGAUAUACAUUCACAGGAAAAGAGAAGGCUGUUUUUGCCAUGCCUUGAACAGACCAUAGAAGACAACGAAAACUGUUUUGUUAUUUUAAGGAAUGUAGAUCUCUGUAAUAGCCAAAUACAGCACUUUUUCAGGUUUUCUGUAUUUCGGAUUACAAAACUGAUUUCUUUUGAGUUGCACUCAUAGAUCAAAAGGUGUUUUUCCAACCAGUCCAAACUGGGUUUACUCUGCUAUGUGGAAGAAUUUUACAAACCAAAAUUCUGGUUAGGACUGAUGAAAUGAGCUUAAACAGAUACAUGCAGACUUGUAUAAAACAGAAUAUAUGUUCUCCAAAACAACUAAACUCUGAGCAUGAACUAAGCAUAGGUUAUUUUAAUUCCUGGUUUUAUUUCUGAGAGUUAAAUGCAACUGAACUCUAUUUGUAGAAGUUCAAUGCAACUACCUCAAUUUCAAUUCUAGGCAGCCACAUCUUAACAAUUAGAGGAAAAAAGAAAAGCACAAUUCCAUCCUCCUUUAAAAAGACCCUAACACAAUCUACGUAGACCUAUCACUGUUGUGACUGCAAAUAUCUUGGGGAGGAUUCAAAACUCAAGUGGCUUUAUAGGUUACAGGCAUAGGUGGGAAGCUUCAUUAUAUUUGAUAGUCUAAGAAACCAGUAAUUCUUCCAGGCAAGUGUUUUAGACAGUAACAUGACAUCACAUAUAAGUAGAACAGAAAAAUGACCAGCCCAUAAACGCGUAGUACUGAUGCUGGAAACCCUGAGAGCAGCUAUGUUUGGCUGCAGGUUCAGUAAGGUGCUGUACAACGCCAGCAGAAAGAGCACAGGGUCACUUUACUCUCCCAGUGUACAGACAGACCACACAUUGCUACAUACAGAUAGGGAGAUUACCACGGCAAUCACUAUUAUAAUUUAAAAAUAUAUAUAUCAAUUAACACUAAAACUUCACAAAUAGUUACAAAAGUGUAUUAUUCUCCUCCCUUCCUUUCACCUUACAGAUGAUACCCGUACACAGACAUGUUCAAGACUCAUUCAAACAGCAGCUCCGUCUGGUGGAGCCACUUUCCGUGUUCAUCAGAUAGUGUAGAUGAAUACUAAGAUAUGCACUGGAAUUCCUACACAAAUAAUAGCAAAUCUUAAACAAGAAGCUAAUGUUAGAGCUCAGUUUAACAAGGUGUAUGAACUUCCUCUCUUCCUACCUGCAUAUCCAGGUAAACAACAGGUUUCUGAAGAACCGCAUAUGUCAAAAAAGUAGAAAUGGAAAGAUGAUUGAGAGGAUUCCAUGCAGAAUUCUGCAAGCUUUCUAACAUUAAAAGACUUUAUGAUAAAAACCUGGAGUCUUACGCAAGAGAAUUAUAUUUUGCUGUGUAAUUUCAUUUUAAGUCAAUACUCAACAGAGGCAAAUAACAGAAGUUUAAAAUGCACUUAUAUAUUGCUGCCAGCUGUGUCUGUCAUUGAUAAAAGAAACAGAAAAUUGUGGGCUGUCUCUCUUAAUGGCAUAAUCACUACCUGCUUUAUGUACUUACUUACAUUUUAAUUAACUACUAAAUGAAUGAUUUGGUUAUACUUCAACUACAUAAGGGUAUACUGUAAGCAUCAGGAAGUUCAGAAUUACCAUAAUUAUUCAAGAACCCUUAUCAUUUAGUGGUUAGCCAGAUUCUGAAUACGGACGAGUUUUCCAGAGGACGUUCCAGGGAUACAAUCCUAGAUGACAAUGAAAUAAUUUAAAUCUCAUGCAUAUGUCACCUUUAAUACGCUUAUUUUUUUGUAAGCAUGAGGGUUUUUAUUCUUUGCCAAAAUUCUGUUUUCUUAAUUUUCUUAUAAUCCCUAGGUGUCACCUUGCUUCCGUGGUGUAUAAAAAACUUUAUCAAAGCAUACAGUUUGCUUUCUUCUGGUAACCCAGAAACGUGACAAGACAUGAACAUCACAAAACCCAAUGAAGUUUGUUUGGUUUGUAAUUUAAGAAAAAAAAAUGUUUGGGAAAAUGCUGAAAGUUUCAGAAUAAUUCUUAUAGUACUGAUCAUGGGCUCUGAUUUUAAAUAGGAAUGUUUGAGAGUUUAUUUUGUUUUGCUUCUUUGCAUGACUAUGCUUACAUGAUUAACUUCUAGUAUCACCAGAAACAGAAUAAUAAUAAUGAUCAAACAUUUUUGACUUGUGUGUGAGAAGCCAAAUAAGAAUUAUUCUAUAGCAAGUUAAAAUCCAAACCAUUAAUUUUAUGUAAUUACAUUGUAUAUUUCUUUUCUUUUUCAACCACUCCCAUUAAACAUUUCUAUGUAAGUUUAGAGCAGAAUCUGCCAGACAUUGUUGAAGCACAUAGUGUACACGUGUCCCAGAGAACCUCUACAUAUGGAAAGAAGGGUUCAGACAAGAGUAACACCCAUCCUACCACCCUACAGCUGCUCAGUGAAAGAGCUGGGACCACACCUGAGAUAUCAUGCCUGCUGCCUCACUGUCCUAAUCAAUAAUCCACACUGCUGCUUUGAGAUUUUUUGAGGGCUAUGUUGUUUUCCAACAAGCCACUUUACUUUUUACUGUAUAUCUUUGUUGGGCUUUUAUGCUCAAAGUUGUCUUUUAUUACUGAGCUGCCCCCUAGCUCUCUAAAGCCCAUGACAUUUAGUAGAUGAUCACACUGAGCUCUAAAGUAAGUUGGGUUUGAUCUCUACUACUCUUACUCCUUGAUAUUUUGCCUGCCAGGAUCUCACACCCGGGUGAGUUUUAGUCUUUUCUUGGUUAAUUAGACCGGUUUUCUGGGGGGAUAAAACUAAAUAUUUGCUGAUGAAAUCUUCUAAAUUUUUUAAAAUAAUAAAAAAAUGGAAUUGAAGUACUAAAAAAUAAAAUAAAAUAGUGCUGGAAGUCAAGCAACAAAGCAUGUUAUAUUCCUCCCAGCAUCCCUCGGGCUCCUUGUUUAUGUACUAUCUUUCUAGUAAUCUCCCUGUGCAUUCAGUGGAAGCGAGAUACUGGUGUUCAAGUGGUACUUUCUUGUAUAAAUAUUUCUUCUGCUGGGGGCUUCAGACAGAAUGAAUGUGAAAUCAGUAGCUCCCCUGCAGAACUUUGCCUUCAUGCAGUCAUGUCUUCUCUCCUCAGGAGAGGAAGAAGAAGAAAACAUCAAGUUUUAUUGCAGCCUCAGGUUAUGCAAUACUGUCUCCUGGCUCUGAAAAUAACUGAAAACAUCAAGAUCAAAGAUUGAAUGUACUUUAUCCUCAGAUUCCCCUUCUCUCAGAAUAAAGGCUUUCACAGGAAUUCUAGAAUGACCUUUGCCAUGCAAGACAACAUAUAAAGAUGUAAAAGCAAAUCCGAGAAGUGCCAUUUUAUGAACUGUAUUAGUGCUGUGCAGUCAUUUCAGCAACCAGAACAUGCACAAAGCUCAUUAAAGAGUACUAAUUUCAAGGGAGUUUUCUAACAUGUCUAUAAGCCUAUUGUUAUUUAGACCAAAAAUAUUAAAUACUUCCUUCUCUUCUAUUAUUGUGUUCACCAAGUAGGCCUGUAUCUAAUUUUAAACCAGUUCUGAAACAUUAGGAAGCCUACAGUCAAGUACAGAGAUGGCAUGCGGGCCUCUUGAUCAGUCUGUACAGGAGUGUUUCUGACCACAGACUCAUCCACUGACCACAGUCAGAGCCCUCAUGUCUAAUAUCAGAUUAGCUGAGAUGACAUCAUGAAGGUAAUUGGUUCACCUAAGAUCUGACUCCCUUUGGGAGCUGCCUGUCACUUUUGACUGACCAUUUGCUUUGAACUUUGUUAUUUUGGGUACUUAAUGUUAGCAGCUUUUAACCCAGGCCUCAAAGUGCCACCUUUAACUACAUUCUCAUUUUUACAUCUUACAUCUAUCUUAUUAUCCCACAGUCCAUUUUCACACAAAUCCUUUGCAUAGUUGUCUAGGAAAUCUAAAUAUGUAGACCCAUGAUAUGGUAUAAAUGUUGUGCUUUAGCACCCUGUAAAACAAAAACAGCCACCAUUUUGUGCUUUUUUCCUUGAUGCAAACUGCUGAAAAUUUCAACAGGAUAAAAUUUACAUAGCUUUGAUAAUUGUUAUUUCAUCAUCCUGAUAAUGCAUUUAAUCUGGAGUACCACGGAUGUGAUGUACUUCACAUUUUGAACUAUAGAUUCGAACCAGUUAUUUCCAUUUCUCACUGUAUGUAACAGCAGGCAGGGUUGGAUGUUGCCAGGAAAUGGAUAUACCAUCUGGAUACCUUGAAAUGAAUGAACUAUAAUAAAACAUAUUUCUUAUUUGCUCGCGUUGGUGAUUUCACCAUAUCUCAAACCCCUUAUUAUAAAAAUAAUAGGCCAAAUACUUCAAAUUAAUCAAAUAAUUGUUCUAAACAUGCACAGAACCCUUGGUUAUAAUGCGUCAUUUUUUUGAAGCAGAUAGCCUUUCCUUAGGUAUUUAGAUAACAAGCAGACAUUCUAAAGAGCCAAGGACACAGGAUGCCUGACUGUGUCAGGCACAGCAAGAUUUCUAACAGAACAGCAUCCCAACUGGUUGUGUUGCCUGGAAAUUGUGGCUCUCUACUUUCUCAUGUUACUUGAGAUUUCUGUCAUAUUAUCUCUUUGCUCCAAUUUUCUAUCACAGUAAGUCAAACAGGCUAUUUAGAGACCUAACCCCUCCUAACCAUUCUGAGAUGAGACACUGAGCUUCCAUCCUGGGUUGAUGGUUCCUAGGCAUGAAGGGAGUGGGAAAGCGAGCAGAAGGUUCUAUAAUUUGCAGAUUAUUUACACGCCGGAGCAUAAUGGUUCACUCACAGCAGUUGCAACCUAUUACAUCACGCUGCUGCCACAUCUGAACACUAAUCCUGCACAAUCAAAAUCCUCCUGUGUUUGCUAAUGCUAAUGUAGUACUUUAGCUGUCUUCAAAAACAAAAAGAUCAGUUAUUUUUAAUUAUGUCCUAAACUAGGAAAAAGCCAUAUGUAAAUAUGUAACAUUCAUUUGCCCCUCAAACUUCUAGUAGUCACAGAUGGAACCUUAGAAACACACCCAAGUUUACCUUCAAUUCCUCAAUACAUUUCCACAUACUGACAUUUUUCAGCAACAGAAAAUUCUUAGGCUGAAUCUUGUCUCUGUGAAUUCAAAGGGAAGGUUGGAACAACAAUAAUAGAUUUUAAUUACUGUCUAGUGCCAUUACAUUCUUUCCUCCUAUAAUUAGAAACUAAUGAGAAGUGGAACACAUUCUGUCAAAUGAACUGAGAAAACAGCACUUCAAGUGAAAUGAGUGGCCAAGGACCAAACAAAAUCAGAAGUGUCAGGCAGAAAGUCAUGUCAUACAUAAAGAAAUUGCAUUUGCUUGGAUGGCUGUAAUGAUUCAUCUCAUUUUGCAGGAAUUUCAUCAGCUGGCCUUGUCAUUUCACACAAACAUAAACUAAUUCCAGUUUUCUUCUCCUGUUCCCGCAAGAAAUCAAGGUGUUUGAUGUCAGACACAUUCACAUGGAGGGAUACACCUUACUCCUUAAAAACAGGAAAAAAUCAAAUUUCCUCCUAUCCCCAGCCCUCCUCCCUGCUGUGCAAUGCAGUUAGGAUUCAUCCUUUGGAAUGUAAAUUGAAAACCAGGCUUGCAGCUAUCUGAAUCCCAGAGAUAAUCUUAUAUAAAUGGACUAUAGUGCAAGCUUUGUCAAAGACUUAAUAUUGUUUUACCUCAUUACAUAAUAAAGCUAUAAUCAUGGCUUAGAAACACAUAUAUAGAAUUGAGGUGAAAUCACUCAGUACAGUUGCUGUGUGGUAUCAGCACUAACCACCAAUUGCCCCAUUCUUUCUGUGAAGUCCAGGCAGAGCGAGUGCCAGCAGUCAGGUGGAGAACUGCACUGUGCUUCAAGUCUGCUGCACACAAAUAUCUACAAUGCCGUGGCAGAUUUUCUUUCUUUCUCUGCCCUAAAGGCUAAAUAUUCACUGUAUUUUAUUUCACAUCAUGACUUCCCUAUGACACAAUAGUGGUAUUUUGCUGCUAAACCUCAGAGAGAAAGAGAUUGUCAAGCAUUUUUUAAAAGGAAGAGACUUUAUUAUAUUUUGAAACUGUCUAGUCCUUCUGCAGUCUAAAAAUGAGUGAAUGAGAGAACAAAACACUGUGAAGGAGAGAAACAAUGAAAAGGGCAUUUGGCAAAGCAUGAGCUUAUGGGAAGGUCUCAUGGUCACAUAUCUGGGGGACAGCGUUCUUUCUGAUCUUGCCUUUUCCCUAGACUUUUCAUUUCUGGCUGUGGACACAAAUAAAUCUCAUAAAUAUCAGCUUGUGAUCAGGACUGUGAUCAAAUUUCUGUCCUGUCUUUAUGGAAACUCACUCAUGCGCCCAGUGAUCAAAUACUUCAGUCAAAAUUAUUUUCUUGUGAUAUAUGUAAAAACAUAUUGUGCUGGAGGAGCUAAUAUCAUCUCCCAUAUGAUGAAUGACCCAUUUUAGAAAUACUGUUUCAUUAGUACUGAACUAGACAGACUUAAGAACUUUCUGAUUUGUUAGAAGAAGAAAAAAAUUAUCAAAAAUAGGUCACCUUAGGUUUUUUAUGAGAUAACCAUUUGAAUAGGUUAGAUCUGAAUCCUCAUAGAAAAUUGUGUAUUUUGGAAAAAAAAAAAUCCGGUUUUGUUAUAUCAUUGCAGCAGUGCAAGGGAUCUCACUGAAGCACAUUUUCAGGCUCUGUACCCUCCCCAAGACAGUCAAUGCCAGCAGGAUUCCAAAUACAAGCACUGUCAAGGCAAGAAGAAAGAUGGGGACAAGAGCCAAAUGAAGAUGCAUUGGGACAAAUACACUAAUCUUAACCUAUUUAUAUGAUUUUUCAUCCACAAUUGAAGCUGCAUUGUGCAGCAUAGUCCACAGCCUGACAGUGGCCUGGUUUGGGACAGAGAGGCCUGAUUCUGCUCUCCCUUUCUCCCAUUGUCCCUUUAUCUUUUAUCCUUUAAAUAUGGUUAAUUCAGACCGAGAGUUUACUUUGAGUACAGUGAACUUACAACAAAGCUCCUACCUUUAAGAAGGUAUUUAUAGAAAUCAUGUUACUAUUUUAAUGGUUUCCAUGUACCAUAACUAAAACCGCAAAACCACAUAUUUUCCAUUAAACUAAUACGUAGCUGUUCAUUCUUUAAAAAAAAAAAAAAAAAGUAAAUAAAAAAAAAAGAGCAGUGUGGUCUUUGCCUAACCGAAAAUGUUGGCCAUGUUAACAGUAAAAGAGAGAGAGAACAAGGAUGUAUCUAUUAGUUAUUCAUGAGGAAAAGAAGGUAAAUUCUGCUGCCACAGUUGUUCUUCAUUAACAAUUUAUGCAGUUUAUACUCAUCACUUGUACCACAAACUUAUUGUUACUUGAGCAAUUUUUCUUUAGUUCUUAAAAGUGCUGUUCUGUUAACAGAGCCAUAGUUUAUAGUCAGUUAUGCCAUUGGAGUGUUUGUAUAAGCAGUUAACAGGAGAAUAAUCAGUGAUUUUCAAGAUUGGGUUUUCCACUGGCAGACUUGCAAUCGCUUCUCAUUUCUAUUCUGAGGUGACGGUGCCCUCGUGUGGCACGAUAUUUUCUUUUUUCUUCUUCCCCCCCGCCCCCCCCCCAAUAUAUAUGUUUACAUGAGUUAAUUUUGAGAAAAUGUUCCAUUUUCUACCUAUAUUUUCAUAUGGCUCUGCAAGCAAAUAUUUUAAAAGUUCUUGCUCUUUUCUAUAUGGUUUCUGUGAAAAAUCAGGAGAGAAAAACCCACUGGAAAUCUGGAGAG